AUGGUCGUCGUCGAGAAGGCGUUUGUCGAGCAGCUGCCGACGGUGCGCGGCAGCUCGGCGUGGCCGCGCGGGAAGAAUUUGAUAUGCGACCCGGAGCGCCCUCCGAUGUCUGCUUCCAUAUCGGGCACUCUCGGCGGGCACAUGCAUCUGGUAGGGAAGUGGUACAAGUCUGGAGGCGAUACAACCAUCGACCAAGCUGCUGCAAUGGGAUUCCGACCAUCCGUAUCCGCAUCCCUGAACCCGCUCUACGCACCGUUCCACGGCAAGCUACCAGACGGCAACAGGGACACGUUGGACCAAUAUCUCUUGGUCCUGUCGGAAAAGUUACGACGGGGUGCCGAAGAAGCCUCUAAGCUGGUGGAUGGGCUCUACACUCAUCAUAACUGGCACAAGAUCCACGUCGUCGGCACCACGCAGACUUCGUGGUGGUUGGUCAAGCAGGGUGGGAUCGCUCACCCUCGCACAGUGGCCAGGACUCUCGGAAAGACGGCAAUGGAGAUAUCUCGCCGCGAGGAGAACGCGCUCUUUGCCACCGCCGCCAUUGAGCUGCUGCACAGGCCUGACCACCCGGCCCACUUCGCCUUCUGGGCUGAGGAUCGUCGCGAGAGCACCUUGAAGUGGUGCCAACAGACGGCUGACGCCAAAAUCGGGCCGGCGAUCAUCCGACACUCACUCCUCCCCUUCGGUAUCCACGACACCGAACGGGCCCUCAGGGAAUUGCGCGAUGCGCAGGCGCCAUAUAUCCCGAAGGAACAGUGCCCUCAGGCGACGCCUCACAAGAGGCCCAGCGCUGCUAGGAGCGAAGCAGGAACCGUCGCGAAGCGUCCCAAGUCGACGCGGCUGUCUGUGAAGGCAGUUGCAGACACGUCGCGAGCGGAGGAGAAGACAGACGGUGAAGCCGGGAUUCUGUCGAUCGAGGCCGAGAACAAGAUGGACGUGGGCGACGAGCCCGUCGGCCCCGCGACCCCAGUCACCGACUCUGCCCCUCGCCUCGCCUCGACCAACAAGGCGCCCGGGAAGAAGGGGGCAAAGGCCUCGCGCACGAAGACCGCUCGUGCAAAGGCACCGGCCAAGGGCCAGCAGCGCCGUGGGACCAACAAGAAAGCCGCUGCCGCCUCCACCCUUGCUAUCCCCCCCGCUCCAGAAGUCUCGCGCACGAGCCCGGGCACGAUCCGCAUCCCCGCGCCCCGCGCCCCCGAGUUCAGGUUCACUUUGACCGCGCCCCUCACGCCCGAAGCUGGCAUUUCCCACUCCGUCUCGCCCACGACCACCGCAGUCGAGAUCCCCUCUGCAGGCGUCACUCGUGUCAAUACGCCCGCUUCCGACGUGGUCACGAAGGAGGCGAAGUUGGAGCUCAUCGACGAGGAUGAAAUCGUUGUGGACAUCACGACCGCUAGCGACGCCGCCCCCGUCUCCACCGCGCCCAAGCCCGCGCCCAAGACGAAGGGGUCGCGCAAGGGCAAGACCACGAAGAAGGCAGCUUCCGUUGGGACGCGUACCUCCACUCGGCGGAGCACGCGCAAAGCUUGA